GGACAGGAUCCCCGGGAGCACAUGCGGUAGUACUUGCGCGCCGCGCGCGCGCCAGGGGCGCGGGGCCGAGGUCUCGGGUUGUUGCGAGCGUAAAGCCGGCGGACAUCUCGCCGGACGCGCCCGCGGGGCCGGGCGGCUCCUGAGAACCGUGGGUGCGCGCUUCGAAAAGACGCUAGCAUAUCUGUACAUACUAGUUCCAAGCCAGCAGGAGAUGUGGUAUAAGUUCGGCGCUAGAGGGCAGUAGCCCCAGCCGAUCGCUGCCAUGAGCUCUAGACCAUCAUGAGAGUGCUCGCGCCCUGGCGGCAGCGGGCUGCCGUCGCGCCCGGCGGGGCGGCGGCCGAGGAGGGGCAGCCCCUCGAGGUCGCGCGCAAGUCGGCCGCGGCGGGCGCCGUCGACCCCGGCGAGGCGGCGCAGCCCCUCGAGGUCGCGCGGAAGUCGGGCCGGUCCGGCGACCUGAUCGAGGAGGCCGGCCUCGUCGCCGCGCGGCCGCCGCCGCCGCGGUCGCGCGCGCGCCGGGCGCUGAGGGCGGCGCGCCGGCGCCCCCUGACCAUCGCGACGGCGGCGGUCGUCGUCGCGGCGCUGGCGUCGCUCGUGCCCGUGAUCUGGCUCGCGGCGCUCGCGGCGCGCGGCCUCGGCGCGGCCGGCGCCGUCGCGCGCGUGACCCUCGAGGGGCGCGACGUCGUCGUCGCCGUCGACGCGAAGCCGCAGUUCCUCCGGUCCACGCUCCACGAGGUCGUCGUGACCGCCGCCGACUGCGCCGUCGAUCUGCGCUUCGCCGGCGAGGACUUCGCGCGCGCCGGGCGCCUCUCGGCCCAGCCGGGCCGCGCGUGGCCGCUGGUGUCCGCGCGCGAGCGCACGCGCCGGCGCGUCGACCUGCGCCUCCACCGCAUCGACUUCGACCAGCUGCGGCGCCUGCACCGCCCCGAGGACCUCGCCGGCGCGCGCCUGGUCUGCGACGUGCGGACGCGAACGCGGCUCUGGCAUGCGCUGCCCGUCGAGGUGCUGCUCCGCGGCGUCCGCGCGUCCUGGCGCGGCGCCGGCGCCGGCGCCAAGGGCGCUGCCGACAGCGCCGGCGCCGACAGCGCCGCCGCCGCCCCCGGUGCCGCCGCCGCCCCCGGUGCCGCCGCCGCCCCCGGUGCCGACGCCGACGCCGGCGUCGUCGCCGCCCCCGAGACCAUCGACGCGACCGACCCGAUCCGGCGCGUCGCGCGGACGCUGCGCGAGGUCGUGCGGGAGCUCGCGCGCGUCGAGCCCGAGUGGCGCGAGGACAGCGCGGCGCUCGCGUACGCGCCGCCCGCGUUCGCCGUGGCGCUGCCUCCAGCGGUCGACCGCGUCGUCCUCGCGGUGCCGGCGGUCGCGGUCGACGCGCUGCUGCCGGCGCUCAACGAGACGGACGCCGCGGCGGCGGCGGCGCGCGUCGAGCUCGCCGCCUUCGAGGUCGACCUGCGCCGCGGCGCGCUGGGAACCGCGUGCGCGAGCCCGCGCGCCGCCGCGUGCGGGCCGCUCGUCCUGCGCGCCACCGACGACGACGGCCGGGCGAAGCGCGCGCUCAAGCACCAGCUCCUGCGGCGCGAGCUCCGGGUCCGCACGCGCAUGGACGCCGCGACGUUCCUCGGCGCGCUCGCCGGCGACCACGCGCUCGACGUCGCGACGCCCGAGGCGCGGGCGCGCGUCCUGCCGCGCGGGGCGCCGCGCGGGCGCCGGCGCCUCCGCACCGCCGCCGCCCCCGGCCUCUUCGAGCGGAGCUGCCCGCGCGACGCCGGCUGCCAGCCGAUGAUCUGGGACGACUCGCUCGACUGCAAGUUGUGCAUCUCGGCCAAGGGCGCGUUCUGCGCCCACCUCGAGGUCGUGGACCCCACGGCGAACAGGACGAAGGUGGACUGGCGCGCCGUCUUCGACACGGCGGACGGCAACGCGGUCCUGGGGCGGCUCGAGGACGCCAAGUCGGCCAGGCCCCGCUUCGUCGCCGUCGAGGCCCGCGGUUUCGUCGGCGAGCCCGGGCGCCCAGCCCUCGAAUCCUACUUGAACAUCAGCGACAAGGGGGGAGAGCUGCUCCGCGCCGAUUUCGUCGCGGAUGGCGCGGCGAGCGGAAAAAGAGCCUCGGGCCUAACGUCCCUAACCGUGCGCGUCGACGCAAAGGAGGAGCUUGAUGCGACGGUCUCGGGCGCCGUCGACUGGAGCGGCACGGAGGACGCGGAUCAGACGGACCUCCAGGCCAGCAUGACGGUCAUCAACAAGGACCAAGAACGGCUACACAUGGCGAUGACCGCCGACGGCGACUCGCAGGACGAGGCCAUGGCUGGCUCGCUUGGGCUACUCGUGCGAACGGACGCUGACGACAAGCUUGAUGGCCAUCUGUCGGGCGCCGUCGACUGGAGCGGCAUGACCGACGCGAAUCAGACGGACCUAUGGGCCAGCAUGACGGUCAGCAACAAGCAGCGGGAACGGCUACACAUGGCGAUGACCGCCGACGGGGACUCGCAGGACGAGGCUAUGGCUGGCUCCAUGGGGCUGCUCGUGCGCGUCGAUAACGAGAACGAGGUCGACGGCCUUGUGUCAGGCAGCUUCGACUGGAGCGGCACGGAGGACGCGGAUCAGACGGACCUACGGGCCAGCAUGACGGUCAGCAACAAGCAGCGGGAACGGCUGCACAUGGCAAUGACCGCCGACGGCGACUCGCGAAACAAGGCUAGGGAGGGCUCGCUCGGGCUCGCGCUGCGCGUCAACGCUGACGAGAAGUUCGACGGCCUUGUGUCGGGCGGCCUCGACUGGAGCGACGCCCUGGAGGCCCGCAUGACGGUCAGCAACGAGGGUAGAGAGAAGGUCCACAUGGCGAUGACCGCGGACGGCAACUCGCGAUUCCGCGAGAGGGACGGCUCCCUCGGGCUGCUCGUGCGCGUCGAUAACGAGAACGAGGUCGACGGCCUUGUGUCAGGCAGCUUCGACUGGAGCGGCACGGAGGACGCGGAUCAGACGGACCUACGGGCCAGCAUGACGGUCAGCAACAAGCAGCGGGAACGGCUGCACAUGGCAAUGACUGCCGACGGCGACUCGCGAAACAAGGCUAGGGGCUCGCUCGGGCUCGCGCUGCGCGUCGACGCUGACGAGAAGUUCGACGGCCGCGUCUCGGGCGGCCUCGACUGGAGCGACGCCCUGGAGGCCCGCAUGACGGUCAGCAACGAGGGUAGAGAGAAGGUCCACAUGGCGAUGACCGCGGACGGCAACUCGCGAUUCCGCGAGAGGGACGGCUCCCUCGGGCUGCUCGUGCGCGUCGAUAACGAGAACGAGGUCGACGGCCUUGUGUCAGGCAGCUUCGACUGGAGCGGCACGGAGGACGCGGAUCAGACGGACCUACGGGCCAGCAUGACGGUCAGCAACAAGCAGCGGGAACGGCUGCACAUGGCAAUGACCGCCGACGGCGACUCGCGAAACAAGGCUAGGGAGGGCUCGCUCGGGCUCGCGCUGCGCGUCGACGCUGACGAGAAGUUCGACGGCCUUGUGUCGGGCGGCCUCGACUGGAGCGACGCCCUGGAGGCCCGCAUGACGGUCAGCAACGAGGGUAGAGAGAAGGUCCACAUGGCGAUGACCGCGGACGGCAACUCGCGAUUCCGCGAGAGGGACGGCUCCCUCGGGCUGCUCGUGCGCGUCGAUAACGAGAACGAGGUCGACGGCCUUGUGUCAGGCAGCUUCGACUGGAGCGGCACGGAGGACGCGGAUCAGACGGACCUACGGGCCAGCAUGACGGUCAGCAACAAGCAGCGGGAACGGCUGCACAUGGCAAUGACUGCCGACGGCGACUCGCGAAACAAGGCUAGGGAGGGCUCGCUCGGGCUCGCGCUGCGCGUCGACGCUGACGAGAAGUUCGACGGCCGCGUCUCGGGCGGCCUCGACUGGAGCGACGCCCUGGAGGCCCGCAUGACGGUCAGCAACGAGGGUAGAGAGAAGGUCCACAUGGCGAUGACCGCGGACGGCAACUCGCGAUUCCGCGAGAGGGACGGCUCCCUCGGGCUGCUCGUGCGCGUCGAUAACGAGAACGAGGUCGACGGCCUUGUGUCAGGCAGCUUCGACUGGAGCGGCACGGAGGACGCGGAUCAGACGGACCUACGGGCCAGCAUGACGGUCAGCAACAAGCAGCGGGAACGGCUGCACAUGGCAAUGACCGCCGACGGCGACUCGCGAAACAAGGCUAGGGAGGGCUCGCUCGGGCUCGCGCUGCGCGUCGACGCUGACGAGAAGUUCGACGGCCUUGUGUCGGGCGGCCUCGACUGGAGCGACGCCCUGGAGGCCCGCAUGACGGUCAGCAACGAGGGUAGAGAGAAGGUCCACAUGGCGAUGACCGCGGACGGCAACUCGCGAUUCCGCGAGAGGGACGGCUCCCUCGGGCUGCUCGUGCGCGUCGAUAACGAGAACGAGGUCGACGGCCUUGUGUCAGGCAGCUUCGACUGGAGCGGCACGGAGGACGCGGAUCAGACGGACCUACGGGCCAGCAUGACGGUCAGCAACAAGCAGCGGGAACGGCUGCACAUGGCAAUGACCGCCGACGGCGACUCGCGAAACAAGGCUAGGGAGGCUCGCUCAGGCUCGCGCUGCGCGUCGACGCUGACGAAGUUCGACGGCCUUGUGUCGGGCGGCCUCGACUGGAGCGACGCCCUGGAGGCCCGCAUGACGGUCAGCAACGAGGGUAGAGAGAAGGUCCACAUGGCGAUGACCGCGGACGGCAACUCGCGAUUCCGCGAGAGGGACGGCUCCCUCGGGCUGCUCGUGCGCUUGCCGUCGAUAACGAACGAGGUCGACGGCCUUGUGUCAGGCAGCUUCGACUGGAGCGGCACGGAGGACGCGGAUCAGACGGACCUACGGGCCAGCAUGACGGUCAGCAACAAGCAGCGGGAACGGCUGCACAUGGCAAUGACCGCCGACGGCGACUCGCGAAACAAGGCUAGGGAGGGCUCGCUCGGGCUCGCGCUGCGCGUCGACGCUGACGAGAAGUUCGACGGCCUUGUGUCGGGCGGCCUCGACUGGAGCGACGCCCUGGAGGCCCGCAUGACGGUCAGCAACGAGGGUAGAGAGAAGGUCCACAUGGCGAUGACCGCGGACGGCAACUCGCGAUUCCGCGAGAGGGACGGCUCCCUCGGGCUGCUCGUGCGCGUCGAUAACGAGAACGAGGUCGACGGCCUUGUGUCAGGCAGCUUCGACUGGAGCGGCACGGAGGACGCGGAUCAGACGGACCUACGGGCCAGCAUGACGGUCAGCAACAAGCAGCGGGAACGGCUGCACAUGGCAAUGACGGCCGACGGCGACUCGCGAAACAAGGCUAGGGAGGGCUCGCUCGGGCUCGCGCUGCGCGUCGACGCUGACGAGAAGUUCGACGGCCGCGUCUCGGGCGGCCUCGACUGGAGCGACGCCCUGGAGGCCCGCAUGACGGUCAGCAACGAGGGUAGAGAGAAGGUCCACAUGGCGAUGACCGCGGACGGCAACUCGCGAUUCCGCGAGAGGGACGGCUCCCUCGGGCUGCUCGUGCGCGUCGAUAACGAGAACGAGGUCGACGGCCUUGUGUCAGGCAGCUUCGACUGGAGCGGCACGGAGGACGCGGAUCAGACGGACCUACGGGCCAGCAUGACGGUCAGCAACAAGCAGCGGGAACGGCUGCACAUGGCAAUGACCGCCGACGGCGACUCGCGAAACAAGGCUAGGAGGGGCUCGCUCGGGCUCGCGCUGCGCGUCGACGCUGACGAGAAGUUCGACGGCCUUGUGUCGGGCGGCCUCGACUGGAGCGACGCCCUGGAGGCCCGCAUGACGGUCAGCAACGAGGGUAGAGAGAAGGUCCACAUGGCGAUGACCGCGGACGGCAACUCGCGAUUCCGCGAGAGGGACGGCUCCCUCGGGCUGCUCGUGCGCGUCGAUAACGAGAACGAGGUCGACGGCCUUGUGUCAGGCAGCUUCGACUGGAGCGGCACGGAGGACGCGGAUCAGACGGACCUACGGGCCAGCAUGACGGUCAGCAACAAGCAGCGGGAACGGCUGCACAUGGCAAUGACCGCCGACGGCGACUCGCGAAACAAGGCUAGGGAGGGCUCGCUCAGGCUCGCGCUGCGCGUCGACGCUGACGAGAAGUUCGACGGCCUUGUGUCGGGCGGCCUCGACUGGAGCGACGCCCUGGAGGCCCGCAUGACGGUCAGCAACGAGGGUAGAGAGAAGGUCCACAUGGCGAUGACCGCGGACGGCAACUCGCGAUUCCGCGAGAGGGACGGCUCCCUCGGGCUGCUCGUGCGCGUCGAUAACGAGAACGAGGUCGACGGCCUUGUGUCAGGCAGCUUCGACUGGAGCGGCACGGAGGACGCGGAUCAGACGGACCUACGGGCCAGCAUGACGGUCAGCAACAAGGACCAAGAACGGCUGCACAUGGCAAUGACCGCCGACGGCGACUCGCGAAACAAGGCUAGGGAGGGCUCGCUCGGGCUCGCGCUGCGCGUCGACGCUGACGAGAAGUUCGACGGCCUUGUGUCGGGCGGCCUCGACUGGAGCGACGCCCUGGAGGCCCGCAUGACGGUCAGCAACGAGGGUAGAGAGAAGGUCCACAUGGCGAUGACCGCGGACGGCAACUCGCGAUUCCGCGAGAGGGACGGCUCCCUCGGGCUGCUCGUGCGCGUCGAUAACGAGAACGAGGUCGACGGCCUUGUGUCAGGCAGCUUCGACUGGAGCGGCACGGAGGACGCGGAUCAGACGGACCUACGGGCCAGCAUGACGGUCAGCAACAAGCAGCGGGAACGGCUGCACAUGGCAAUGACCGCCGACGGCGACUCGCGAAACAAGGCUAGGGAGGGCUCGCUCAGGCUCGCGCUGCGCGUCGACGCUGACGAGAAGUUCGACGGCCUUGUGUCGGGCGGCCUCGACUGGAGCGACGCCCUGGAGGCCCGCAUGACGGUCAGCAACGAGGGUAGAGAGAAGGUCCACAUGGCGAUGACCGCGGACGGCAACUCGCGAUUCCGCGAGAGGGACGGCUCCCUCGGGCUGCUCGUGCGCGUCGAUAACGAGAACGAGGUCGACGGCCUUGUGUCAGGCAGCUUCGACUGGAGCGGCACGGAGGACGCGGAUCAGACGGACCUACGGGCCAGCAUGACGGUCAUCAACAAGCAGCGAGAACGGCUACACAUGGCGAUGACCGCCGACGGCGACUCGCAGGACGAGGCCAUGGCUGGCUCGCUUGGGCUACUCGUGCGAACGGACGCUGACGACAAGCUUGAUGGCCAUCUGUCGGGCGCCGUCGACUGGAGCGGCAUGACCGACGCGAAUCGAGACGACCUGCAGGCCAGCAUGACGGUCAUCAACCGGAACCGCGAGAAGCUGCAUAUGGCCAUGACCGCCGACGGCGACUCGCAGGACGAGGCCAUGGCUGGCUCGCUCGGGCUCGCGCUGCGCGUCGACGCAAAGGAGCAGCUCGAUGCGACGGUCUCGGGCACCGCCGACUGGAGCGGCACGGAGGAGGACCUACGGGCCAGCAUGACGGUCAUCAACAAGCAGCGAGAACGGCUACACAUGGCGAUGACCGCCGACGGCGACUCGCAGGACGAGGCCAUGGCUGGCUCGCUUGGGCUACUCGUGCGAACGGACGCUGACGACAAGCUUGAUGGCCAUCUGUCGGGCGCCGUCGACUGGAGCGGCAUGACCGACGCGAAUCGAGACGACCUGCAGGCCAGCAUGACGGUCAUCAACCGGAACCGCGAGAAGCUGCAUAUGGCCAUGACCGCCGACGGCGACUCGCAGGACGAGGCCAUGGCUGGCUCGCUCGGGCUCGCGCUGCGCGUCGACGCAAAGGAGCAGCUCGAUGCGACGGUCUCGGGCACCGCCGACUGGAGCGGCACGGAGGAGGACCUACGGGCCAGCAUGACGGUCAGCAACAAGGACCAAGAACGGCUGCACAUGGCAAUGACCGCCGACGGCGACUCGCAGGACGAGGCCAUGGCUGGCUCGCUUGGGCUACUCGUGCGAACGGACGCUGACGACAAGCUUGAUGGCCAUCUGUCGGGCGCCGUCGACUGGAGCGGCAUGACCGACGCCUUGAAUCGAGACGACCUGCAGGCCAGCAUGACGGUCAUCAACCGGAACCGCGAGAAGCUGCAUAUGGCCAUGACCGCCGACGGCGACUCGCAGGACGAGGCCAUGGCUGGCUCGCUCGGGCUCGCUGCUGCGCGUCGACGCAAAGGAGCAGCUCGAUGCGACGGUCUCGGGCACCGCCGACUGGAGCGGCACGGAGGAGGACCUACGGGCCAGCAUGACGGUCAGCAACAAGGACCAAGAACGGCUGCACAUGGCAAUGACCGCCGACGGCGACUCGCAGGACGAGGCCAUGGCUGGCUCGCUUGGGCUACUCGUGCGAACGGACGCUGACGACAAGCUUGAUGGCCAUCUGUCGGGCGCCGUCGACUGGAGCGGCAUGACCGACGCGAAUCGAGACGACCUGCAGGCCAGCAUGACGGUCAUCAACCGGAACCGCGAGAAGCUGCAUAUGGCCAUGACCGCCGACGGCGACUCGCAGGACGAGGCCAUGGCUGGCUCGCUCGGGCUCGCGCUGCGCGUCGACGCAAAGGAGCAGCUCGAUGCGACGGUCUCGGGCACCGCCGACUGGAGCGGCACGGAGGAGGACCUACGGGCCAGCAUGACGGUCAUCAACAAGCAGCGAGAACGGCUACACAUGGCGAUGACCGCCGACGGCGACUCGCAGGACGAGGCCAUGGCUGGCUCGCUUGGGCUACUCGUGCGAACGGACGCUGACGACAAGCUUGAUGGCCAUCUGUCGGGCGCCGUCGACUGGAGCGGCAUGACCGACGCGAAUCGAGACGACCUGCAGGCCAGCAUGACGGUCAUCAACCGGAACCGCGAGAAGCUGCAUAUGGCCAUGACCGCCGACGGCGACUCGCAGGACGAGGCCAUGGCUGGCUCGCUCGGGCUCGCGCUGCGCGUCGACGCAAAGGAGCAGCUCGAUGCGACGGUCUCGGGCACCGCCGACUGGAGCGGCACGGAGGAGGACCUACGGGCCAGCAUGACGGUCAUCAACAAGCAGCGGGAACGGCUGCACAUGGCAAUGACCGCCGACGGCGACUCGCGAAACAAGGCUAGGGAGGGCUCGCUCAGGCUCGCGCUGCGCGUCGACGCUGACGAGAAGUUCGACGGCCUUGUGUCGGGCGGCCUCGACUGGAGCGACGCCCUGGAGGCCCGCAUGACGGUCAGCAACGAGGGUAGAGAGAAGGUCCACAUGGCGAUGACCGCGGACGGCAACUCGCGAUUCCGCGAGAGGGACGGCUCCCUCGGGCUGCUCGUGCGCGUCGAUAACGAGAACGAGGUCGACGGCCUUGUGUCAGGCAGCUUCGACUGGAGCGGCACGGAGGACGCGGAUCAGACGGACCUACGGGCCAGCAUGACGGUCAGCAACAAGGACCAAGAACGGCUGCACAUGGCAAUGACCGCCGACGGCGACUCGCAGGACGAGGCCAUGGCUGGCUCGCUUGGGCUACUCGUGCGAACGGACGCUGACGACAAGCUUGAUGGCCAUCUGUCGGGCGCCGUCGACUGGAGCGGCAUGACCGACGCGAAUCGAGACGACCUGCAGGCCAGCAUGACGGUCAUCAACCGGAACCGCGAGAAGCUGCAUAUGGCCAUGACCGCCGACGGCGACUCGCAGGACGAGGCCAUGGCUGGCUCGCUCGGGCUCGCGCUGCGCGUCGACGCAAAGGAGCAGCUCGAUGCGACGGUCUCGGGCACCGCCGACUGGAGCGGCACGGAGGAGGACCUACGGGCCAGCAUGACGGUCAUCAACAAGCAGCGAGAACGGCUACACAUGGCGAUGACCGCCGACGGCGACUCGCAGGACGAGGCCAUGGCUGGCUCGCUUGGGCUACUCGUGCGAACGGACGCUGACGACAAGCUUGAUGGCCAUCUGUCGGGCGCCGUCGACUGGAGCGGCAUGACCGACGCGAAUCGAGACGACCUGCAGGCCAGCAUGACGGUCAUCAACCGGAACCGCGAGAAGCUGCAUAUGGCCAUGACCGCCGACGGCGACUCGCAGGACGAGGCCAUGGCUGGCUCGCUCGGGCUACUCGUGCGAACGGACGCUGACGACAAGCUUGAUGGCCAUCUGUCGGGCGCCGUCGACUGGAGCGGCAUGACCGACGCGAAUCGAGACGACCUGCAGGCCAGCAUGACGGUCAUCAACCGGAACCGCGAGAAGCUGCAUAUGGCCAUGACCGCCGACGGCGACUCGCAGGACGAGGCCAUGGCUGGCUCGCUCGGGCUCGCGCUGCGCGUCGACGCAAAGGAGCAGCUCGAUGCGACGGUCUCGGGCACCGCCGACUGGAGCGGCACGGAGGAGGACCUACGGGCCAGCAUGACGGUCAUCAACAAGCAGCGAGAACGGCUACACAUGGCGAUGACCGCCGACGGCGACUCGCAGGACGAGGCCAUGGCUGGCUCGCUUGGGCUACUCGUGCGAACGGACGCUGACGACAAGCUUGAUGGCCAUCUGUCGGGCGCCGUCGACUGGAGCGGCAUGACCGACGCGAAUCGAGACGACCUGCAGGCCAGCAUGACGGUCAUCAACCGGAACCGCGAGAAGCUGCAUAUGGCCAUGACCGCGGACGGCAACUCGCGAUUCCGCGAGAGGGACGGCUCCCUCGGGCUGCUCGUGCGCCUCGAUAACGAGGAGGAGAUCGACGGCCUUGUGUCCGGCGGCUUCGACUGGAGCGGCACGACGCACCCGAGCCGAGACGACAUACGGGUCCGCAUGGCGGUCAGCAACAAGGACCGAGAACGGUUCCGCAUGGCGAUGACCGCGGACGGCGACUCGCAGGACGAGGCCGUGUCAGGCUCGCUGGGGCUCGCUCUGUUCGCUGAGGCGGACGAGAAGUUCGACGGCCGCGUCUCGGGCGGCCUCGACUGGGCGACGCCCCUCGAGGCCAGCAUGACGGUCAGCAACCGGAACCGCGAGAAGCUGCACAUGGCCAUGACCGCGGACGGCAACUCGCGAUUCCGCGAGAGGACGGCCCUCGGGCUGCUCGUGCGCCUCGAUGACGAGGAGGAGAUCGACGGCCUUGUGUCCGGCGGCUUCGACUGGAGCGGCACGACGCACCCGAGCCGAGACGACAUACGGGUCCGCAUGGCGGUCAGCAACAAGGACCGAGAACGGUUCCGCAUGGCGAUGACCGCGGACGGCGACUCGCAGGACGAGGCCGUGUCAGGCUCGCUGGGGCUCGCUCUGUUCGCUGAGGCGGACGAGAAGUUCGACGGCCGCGUCUCGGGCGGCCUCGACUGGAGCGACGCCCUCGAGGCCAGCAUGACGGUCAGCAACCGGAACCGCGAGAAGCUGCACAUGGCCAUGACCGCGGACGGCAACUCGCGAUUCCGCGAGAGGACGGCCCUCGGGCUGCUCGUGCGCCUCGAUGACGAGGAGGAGAUCGACGGCCUUGUGUCGGGCGGCCUCGACUGGAGCGGCACGACGCACCCGAGCCGAGACGACAUACGGGUCCGCAUGGCGGUCAGCAACAAGGACCGAGAACGGUUCCGCAUGGCGAUGACCGCGGACGGCGACUUCGCAGGACGAGGCCGUGUCAGGCUCGCUGGGGCUCGCUCUGUUCGCUGAGGCGGACGAGAAGUUCGACGGCCGCGUCUCGGGCGGCCUCGACUGGAGCGACGCCCUCGAGGCCAGCAUGACGGUCAGCAACCGGAACCGCGAGAAGCUGCACAUGGCCAUGACCGCGGACGGCAACUCGCGAUUCCGCGAGAGGGACGGCUCCCUCGGGCUGCUCGUGCGCCUCGAUGACGAGGAGGAGAUCGACGGCCUUGUGUCCGGCGGCUUGGACUGGAGCGGCACGACGCACCCGAGCCGAGACGACAUACGGGUCCGCAUGGCGGUCAGCAACAAGGACCGAGAACGGUUCCGCAUGGCGAUGACCGCGGACGGCGACUCGCAGGACGAGGCCGUGUCAGGCUCGCUGGGGCUCGCUCUGUUCGCUGAGGCGGACGAGAAGUUCGACGGCCGCGUCUCGGGCGGCCUCGACUGGAGCGACGCCCUCGAGGCCACUAUGACGGUCAGCAACCGGAACCGCGAGAAGCUGCACAUGGCCAUGACCGCGGACGGCAACUCGCGAUUCCGCGAGAGGGACGGCUCCCUCGGGCUGCUCGUGCGCCUCGAUGACGAGGAGGAGAUCGACGGCCUUGUGUCCGGCGGCCUCGACUGGAGCGGCACGACGCACCCGAGCCGAGACGACAUACGGGUCCGCAUGGCGGUCAGCAACAAGGACCGAGAACGGUUCCGCAUGGCGAUGACCGCGGACGGCGACUCGCAGGACGAGGCCGUGUCAGGCUCGCUGGGGCUCGCUCUGUUCGCUGAGGCGGACGAGAAGUUCGACGGCCGCGUCUCGGGCGGCCUCGACUGGAGCGACGCCCUCGAGGCCAGCAUGACGGUCAGCAACCGGAACCGCGAGAAGCUGCACAUGGCCAUGACCGCGGACGGCAACUCGCGAUUCCGCGAGAGGACGGCCCUCGGGCUGCUCGUGCGCCUCGAUGACGAGGAGGAGAUCGACGGCCUUGUGUCCGGCGGCCUCGACUGGAGCGGCACGACGCACCCGAGCCGAGACGACAUACGGGUCCGCAUGGCGGUCAGCAACAAGGACCGAGAACGGUUCCGCAUGGCGAUGACCGCGGACGGCGACUCGCAGGACGAGGCCGUGUCAGGCUCGCUGGGGCUCGCUCUGUUCGCUGAGGCGGACGAGAAGUUCGACGGCCGCGUCUCGGGCGGCCUCGACUGGAGCGACGCCCUCGAGGCCAGCAUGACGGUCAGCAACCGGAACCGCGAGAAGCUGCACAUGGCCAUGACCGCGGACGGCAACUCGCGAUUCCGCGAGAGGGACGGCUCCCUCGGGCUGCUCGUGCGCCUCGAUGACGAGGAGGAGAUCGACGGCCUUGUGUCCGGCGGCUUGGACUGGAGCGGCACGACGCACCCGAGCCGAGACGACAUACGGGUCCGCAUGGCGGUCAGCAACAAGGACCGAGAACGGUUCCGCAUGGCGAUGACCGCGGACGGCGACUCGCAGGACGAGGCCGUGUCAGGCUCGCUGGGGCUCGCUCUGUUCGCUGAGGCGGACGAGAAGUUCGACGGCCGCGUCUCGGGCGGCCUCGACUGGAGCGACGCCCUCGAGGCCAGCAUGACGGUCAGCAACCGGAACCGCGAGAAGCUGCACAUGGCCAUGACCGCGACGGCAACUCGCGAUUCCGCGAGAGGACGGCCCCUCGGGCUGCUCGUGCGCCUCGAUGACGAGGAGGAGAUCGACGGCCUUGUGUCCGGCGGCUUGGACUGGAGCGGCACGACGCACCCGAGCCGAGACGACAUACGGGUCCGCAUGGCGGUCAGCAACAAGGACCGAGAACGGUUCCGCAUGGCGAUGACCGCGGACGGCGACUCGCAGGACGAGGCCGUGUCAGGCUCGCUGGGGCUCGCUCUGUUCGCUGAGGCGGACGAGAAGCUCGACGGCCGCGUCUCGGGCGGCCUCGACUGGAGCGACGCCCUCGAGGCCAGCAUGACGGUCAGCAACCGGAACCGCGAGAAGCUGCACAUGGCGAUGACCGCGGACGGCAACUCGCGAUUCCGCGAGAGGGACGGCUCCCUCGGGCUGCUCGUGCGCCUCGAUGACGAGGAGGAGAUCGACGGCCUUGUGUCCGGCGGCUUGGACUGGAGCGGCACGGAGGUCGCGAAUCAGACGGACCUACGGGCCAGCAUGACGGUCAGCAACAACCAGCGGGAACGGCUGCACAUGGCGAUGACCGCCGACGGCGACUCGCGAUUCCGCGAGAGGGACGGCUCCCUCGGGCUGCUCGUGCGCGUCGAUAACGAGAACGAAGUCGACGGCCUUGUGUCCGGCAACCUCGACUGGAGCGGCACGGAGGUCGCGGAUCAGACGGACCUACGGGCCAGCAUGACGGUCAGCAACAAACAGCGGGAACGGCUGCACAUGGCGAUGACCGCCGACGGCGACUCUCGAAACAAGGCUAGAGACGGCUCGCUCGGGCUCGCUCUGCGCGUCGACGCUGACGAGAAGUUCGACGGCCUUGUGUCGGGCGGCCUCGACUGGAGCGACGCCCUGGAGGCCACUAUGACGGUCAGCAACGAGGGUAGAGAGAAGGUCCACAUGUCGAUGACCGCCGAUGGCGACUCGCAGGACGAGGCCAUGGCUGGCUCGCUUGGGCUACUCGUGCGAACGGACGCUGACGACAAGCUUGAUGGCCAUCUGUCGGGCGCCGUCGACUGGAGCGGCAUGACCGACGCGAAUCGAGACGACCUGCAGGCCAGCAUGACGGUCAUCAACCGGAACCGCGAGAAGCUGCACAUGGCGAUGACCGCCGACGGCGACUCGCAGGACGAGGCCAUGGCUGGCUCGCUCGGGCUCGCUCUGCGCGUCGACGCUGACGAGAAGUUUGACGGCCGCGUCUCGGGCGGCCUCGACUGGAGCGACGCCCUGGAGGCCACUAUGACGGUCAGCAACAAGCAGCGAGAACGGCUACACAUGGCGAUGACCGCCGACGGCGACUCGCAGGACGAGGCCAUGGCUGGCUCGCUCGGGCUCGCGCUGCGCGUCGACGCAAAGGAGGAGCUCGAUGCGACGGUCUCGGGCACCGCCGACUGGAGCGGCACCGAGGAGGACCUACGGGCCAGCAUGACGGUCAUCAACAAGCAGCGAGAACGGCUACACAUGGCGAUGACCGCCGACGGCGACUCGCAGGACGAGGCCAUGGCUGGCUCGCUUGGGCUACUCGUGCGAACGGACGCUGACGACAAGCUUGAUGGCCAUCUGUCGGGCGCCGUCGACUGGAGCGGCAUGACCGACGCGAAUCGAGACGACCUGCAGGCCAGCAUGACGGUCAUCAACCGGAACCGCGAGAAGCUGCACAUGGCGAUGACCGCCGACGGCGACUCGCAGGACGAGGCCAUGGCUGGCUCGCUUGGGCUCGCGCUGCGCGUUGACGGCGACGAGAAGCUCAACGAGACGGUCACGGGCACAGUAAAAUGGAGCGACCACAACGAAUCGGGCGUGGCCUACGUCCUCGGCAUGAAGGUGACCGACCUGGAAGCCGCGCGGGAGCGCUUCCUCGUCCACGUCGACCACGACUGGGUCAAGGACGACGCCACGGACCGCUUCGCUCUUGGCUACGGGGGACACGUCGACGUCGACGGGAGGACGGUGCUGCAGCAGCGCUUCCUGCUCCAGAGGGAAGGGGACCUGCGCCAGCCGGCGACUGAGUCCACAGCGCUUCCAACGUCCCCGCCAACGGCCGCGACGACGGCCGCGCCGUCGUCGUCGACGCCGUUUGCGACCCCGACGCCGACGGGUUCGACCUCCGGCGGGCGGCGCCUGGCGACCGUGGCGGAGCUCAAGGCGGAACAGGAGGUCCACGAGCGCACGUCGUGCGUCUACGGCGCGGUGGACAUGAACAGCACCGACCUGAUGGGGUUCGACAGCCUGACGAUGGACAUGGACGGCGGCGCCGCGAUCGAGGGCCUCCGCGAGGGCUUCGCGGGCGUCUGGCGCGACGCGAAGGUCGUCUCGAGCUCGAUGGCCGUCGCGAUGCGGAUGGACGGCGAGCCCUGGAGCUACGAGGCCAAGCCGAACCGCGCGUUUGCGUGCGAUGCGGUCGUGACCGCGACCCUGGUCACGUACGUGGCCUCGCGCGCGGGCGCGGUCGCGCGCGACUGGGACGACGACGGCCGCGUCGAGCUCGGGACCUUCGGCCCGACGGCGGCGCCGACGACAGCGGAGUCGCCCGCUCCGACGACGGCCAGCCCGACGCAGCCGCCGACCCUGCUUCCUUCGCCGCUGCCGUCGUCGACGCCCACGUCGACGCCAACAUACACACCGACGGCUGCGCCGUCGAUCGUGCCAACGGCCACGCCCACCGCCCUUCCGACGUCCGCACCGACGAUCGUGCCGACGGUCGUGCCGACGGCCAAGCCUACGGCGCCGCCGACGUCCAUACCGACGAUCGUGCCGUCGAUCGUGCCAACGGCCACGCCCACCGCCCUUCCGACGUCCGCACCGACGAUCGUGCCGACGGUCGUGCCGACGGCCAAGCCUACGGCGCCGCCGACGCCUACGCCGACGAUCGUGCCGACGGUCGUGCCGACGGCCAAGCCUACGGCGCCGCCGACGUCCAUACCGACGGAUGCGCCGACGACGGCCAUGCCAUCGUCAACGCCGACAUCCGAUCCAACGUGGACGCCGACGUCUAUGCCGACGUCAGCUCCGACGGCUAGGCCGACGGCCACGCCCACGGCCCGCCCGACGUCCACGCCGACAGCCGCGCCGACGGCCACGCCCACGUCCCUUCCGACGUCGUCCCCGAUAUCUGCGCCGACCGCGAUUCCGUCAACUGUCCCGACCGUGCGACCUUCCGGGACCCCGACGUCGUCGCCAUCGCACAGACCAACUCCGCGGCCGACGCCGCGGCCGACGGCCCGACCGACGCCUGCACCGUCGGCCCGGCCGACUCCCCGGCCGUCGGCCCGACCGACGCCGGCGCCCUCGUUUGCGCCGACGCCAGGACCCUCGCCGGAGCCCUCGCCGGCGCCGUCCUCGCGCCCGACACCUAAGCCCACGCCACGGCCCACGCCAGCGCCCUCAUUUGUGCCCACGGCGCGGCCCACGCCCGAACCGUCGCCGGCGCCGUCGUCGCGCCCUACGCCUGCGCCGACGCCCCGGCCCUCGCCCGCGCCGACCGCGGCCCCGUCGCGCAAGCCGACCCCAAUGCCCACGCCGCGGCCUACGCCCGCACCAACAACGGCGCCGAGCCCGGGGCCGACCACACGACCUACGCCCGCGCCGUCGGUCACACUGGGCAGCCCGACGGCGUCUCCCGUCUUCGCGCCGACGGCAAGACCCACGCCGGCGCCGAGCCCCAAGCCCACGCCUCUGCCGUCGCCUGCGCCGACGCCGGGCCCGACGCCGGGCCCCUCGUCGCGACCGACGCCGGCGCCCUCGUUUGCGCCGACGCCACGACCCUCGCCGGAGCCCUCGCCGGCGCCGUCCUCGCGCCCGACACCUACGCCCACGCCACGGCCCACGCCAGCGCCCUCAUUUGUGCCCACGGCGCGGCCCACGCCCAAACCGUCGCCGGCGCCGUCGUCGCGCCCUACGCCUGCGCCGACGCCCUGGCCCUCGCCCGCGCCGACCGCGGACCCGUCGCAAAAGCCGACGCCGCGGCCGUCGCCGCGACCGACGCUUAAUCCCUCUCCGGAGCCGUCGCACAAGCCGACGCCCAAUCCGACGACGGCGACGCCGUCGGCUUUGCCCUCGCCGUUGCCGACGUCGUCCCCGACGCCUGUCCCCUCGACGGCCGAGCCGUCGCCCGCGCCGUCGUCCGCGCCGACGCCGUCACCAAGCCCGUCGCCGACGAUGACGAUGCUUCCGUCGGCCGCACCGUCGGCCGCGCCGUCGGCCGCGCCGACGGCCGCGCCCACGGCCGAGCCCACGCCCGCGCCCACGAGCCUGCCCACGAUCUCUUCGCCGCCGUCGGCAGUACCUACAACCGCCCCGACGACCAUAAACUACCGCCUCGCGGACUUCUCGGUGGCGGCGCCGCCGGAGCUGGCCGAGGCGGCCUUCACGGGGACGGGUCUCAAAGUAGAGCAUCUGGUCGUCAACCUCACGGUCCCGGCGACCAAGCCCGUGAGGUUGACGCUGCGCGGCGGCGGUCGGACCGGCAGUGCCCUCCGCUUCUACGACGAGGACCCAGAUAACCCGGGCUACGCGCUCACGUCGGACGCCGGAAGCACCUCCGUCGCGAGGUGGAUCCCCGCCGGCGACACCAUUCUUACCCUCGCCGCCGGCGCGCUCCGGGACCGCGUCGACAACGGGGACAGCGUCGCCCAGAGCGUCACGGUCUUCCUCUCGUCGACGGACCCGAUCUACGGCCGCGCGCGCGGCUUCGAGAAGACGGUUUCCGUAAAUGUGCUGGACGUCGACGUGUCGCUGAUCGCGGUGAACAAAUUCCUGGCGACGACGGACCCCGUCACCUCCGACGCGGCGGCCCUCACGGCGAAAGCAAAGGAGAACGCCGCGACCUUCGUCUUCACGGCGGCGCUGACGAGCCUACCGUUUUCCGCCGUGCGCCUCGAGGUCGAGGGCGACGUCGACGCGUUCGAGAGCAUCUCCGUCGACGGUGCCGAUGGAAUGAACCGGACCGUCGAGCCCGCCGACUGGGCCUCGCUCGCGACGUACACUCUCCGCGUUGCUGACGACGCUGUAUUAUCCGGCGACCGCAACUACUCCGUCUGGUUCGUGGCGCGCUCUGCCGACGCCAACUACGACGGCGUUCGUUCGCCCAAUAUGACGUGCCAAGUCAUCGAGGACGACGUCGCCUUCGCCACCGUGAGCGGCAAGGCGCUGACGGUCGGGGCCGGCGUCGACGGUCCGACGUUCAGCGACGGCUACUGGAUCACGCUCUCCGCGCCGCCGACGGCCAACGUCGUCGUGUCGCUCGACUGCGCCGACACGAAUGUGUUCUACACGAAGCGGCUCGUGUUCACGCCGGACGACUGGGCUCGGAAGUACGUGGCCGUCAACGCCUCUCUCGCAGACCCAGACGUCUUGGAGGGCAGGACGGCCAGACUCACGCAUUACGUCGAAUCCGCCGACGCCUUCUUCGACGACCUCGCCGUCUCAGACGUCGAGAUUGCUGUCGAAUUCUCUGUAGAUAGUGUGCCACCGCCCAAGCUUGAACUUGUGCGGUUCCUGGACGGCGGCAACGGCCUCGACGUGCUCUUCGACAGCCCGACGAACAUGAUCGACGGCGAGUGGGAUAUUGAUUGCGCCACGCUCUUUGAGUACGCGGCGCAGCAAUUCGGCGCGGACGGUACGUGCGCCUGGACGAAUUCGAGCGCGCUGCGCGUAACGUUCGGCGCGGGCGCCCAGAUCGUGCCAUUUGACUACGUGGCCGCGACGACCCUCAACAGCGCGCAUCUCAAGGGCGGCCUGCUGAAGAACGACCUCGACGGCGCGACGCUCACGAGCGCCGCCCAGUACGCCGAGGCCCAAAAGCCGCUGGACCCCAUCUUGCCGGCGAUCUCCAUCACGGCGCCGGAGAGCGUCGGCAAAUGCGACGGCGUCGUCCUCGACGCGCGCGGCGCCACGGGUGGUGGCUCGCGAGCUCUGACGUACAACUGGGGCGUGCUGACGACCUGGGACGCCGAGACGGACGCCGACAUGGCCAGCGUGGCGGCGCUCGAGGCCAAGCUUCAACAGGCCGACGCCGCCGGCGCCGUGACCUUGGACCUCGGCUUCGACGACCUCCUCGAAGGUCGGGCCUACGACUUCCUCAUCGCCGCGACGAAUUUUCUCGGUGGGACGACGACCGUGUCCGCGACCGUCCACAAGCUGGCCUCGCCGGCGCCCGGCGUCCAGUUCCAGGGCGCCGCGACGCAAAACAUGGUCCGGUCCGAUAAAAAGUCGCUCAAGCUCGACGUGGCCCUGCCCAACCUGACCUGCGCGGACGCGAACAUGUCGUCCACGGCGCUGGGCUACGUGUGGCGCGCGUGGCGGCUGGAGGGAGAGACGUACGUCCGAGACCUCGUCCCGAAACUGGCGGAAUACACCGCCAACCCCGUGACGUGUCGCCUCCCGGCGGACGCCCUGGACGCGCAGACGACCUACAAGUUCCAGGUGACCGUCGGCUUCGCGGACAGCAUGACGAUCAACAACUCCGCUACUACGACGGUCGUCGUCGGGUCUCAGGACUUGAUGGCCUCGAUAUCGGGCGGCGUCGAGCAGACCGUGGCGAUCGGCGCCGACGCCGAGCUGGACGGGUCCGAGUCGUACGACCCCGACGACAACGACGCCGAGGGCGCGAUGGCAUACACGUGGACCGUGGCGCACGUGCUGGACGACGGGAGUAGGGAAGACGCGAACUCGUUACUCGCUUCCGUAAACGCGACGCAACCCGUCCUCGCGUUCACGCCGACGACGGCCGCGGGCUGGACGAGCGGCGCGACCUACGAAUUCACGCUGACCGUCUCGCGCGGCACGCGGCGCGCGGCCUACAGCGUGCUGGUGUCAAUCUCGUCGGACGAGUACAUGCCCCGCGCGACGAUCACGGACUUCGACGAGAGCGUCAAGUACAAACCCAUGGACGGCGCGUUCACGGCGAUCUACUUCAAGGCGACGUCCCCCGAUUCUGCUAGAACGAUCGAGCAAACCGCCUGGUCCGUCGGCGACGGGCAGUCGGCGGGCCUCCUCGGCAAGCCCAGCGGGGCACCGUCUCCCAUGCUCAUCGACCUCGGCAAGACGCGGCCCAACGCCGUGUAUCGGCUGAGACUUACGGUCACGGACAGCAUCGGGUCGACGUCCUCGACCGUCGUCUCCCUGACGACGAACGGCCCGCCCACCUCGGGCACGUUCGCCGUCUCGCCGUACCGGGGCACCGCGCUGACGACGGAGUUUGAAUUCCUGCUCGACGGCUGGUCCGACGACGUCGACGACUACCCGCUCACGUACACGUACAGCUACCGCCAGCGGGUAAGCAGGCGCGGCAGCAGUCGUGGCGGCGGGGGCGGGACAAGCUUCGCGGACCGUCGGGCCGCGAACUCGGCCUUGACGCCGCUCGUCGCGGACCAGUACGCGAGCUCGUGGUUCGUCACGACGCUGCCGCAGGCGAACAACGUUAAUCUCACCUGCGUCGGCCGCGUCUUCGACCGCUACCUGUCCUACGCGCAAGCCUUCACGCCCGUGCGGGUGGAUCCGCUCGAGAUCUCGGGCGAGGACCUCUCGGCGCUCGCCGGCGAUUUAUUAUCAGAGUCGGCGAACACGGGCGACGGCGAGGCGUCGCUGUCUCUGGUCUCGAACGUGGCGAGCGUCAUAGGCGGGACCGACAUGAGUCGGCGGAGACUUUCCUCCGAGCAGGAGCUGAUCGACGACCUGAUGGGUCACACGAUCAGCGCGGCGAGCCUGGUGGGCACGGGCUCGUCCGCGGCGGCGGCGACUCAAGUCUUGUUCACUGUCUCGACGCUCACCGGGGACCCCGACUCUCUCUCUGAGAGCUCGCAGACGGGCGCGAUCGGGCUGCUCGGCGAGGUCGUCGGCGACGCCGCGAAACAUGGGAUCGACGACGACACGGCGGCGUCGGCGGCGGAUACCGUCUCGAGCCUCCUGGAUGCGAGCCUGUUCGCGUCGGGCGCGUCGAACACCUCCCUAGACGGGCAGAUGGCCGGCACGGUGGGGGCCCUCGCCACCGGCAUGAUCGCGGGCGCCUACGGCGGCCAGAACAAGAGCGUCGUCACGGACAACCUGGAGCUGCGCGCCUUCCGGACCGACUGCGGGACGCGGGACGCGGCGUUUCGACUGUCCUCCGGGGCCGGCGUGACGGACCUGCCCGCCUCGGCCCUCGACGAGGCCGGGGGCGGCAGCUGCGACGCCGACGCGAGGCGGCGCGGGCGUUCGAGGCGACGGCUCCUGGACGGCGAGCCGGCCGACGUGGACGUGAAAGUGGCCCAAUUGAAGAACGUCCACGCUUCUGAGGGCGACGGCGCCGUCUCGGAUCUGCUGCAGAUCGAACUCGGCGGCGAAGGCGCCACGGUCAAGGUUGACAAUCUCGCCGAACCCAUCGUGUUCGACAUCCCGUUCGACUACGACCCGACGCUCGAGGCCGACUACGACCCGGGCACGGACACGGAGACGUGCUUUAAUCAGUCCCAGGUCCUGACCUUCAACUGCGACGUGCCCACGACCUUUGACUGCGGGGAGUCUCGCGAAGUGACGCUCCCCGACGGGUCGACGAUGACCUUCGAGGCGCCCGUUUACUCGGGAGACGGCGUCCCGCUCGACGUCACCGUGACCUGCCCCGCCAAGACGGCCGCGUGCUCGUUCUGGGAUAAUGUGACGAGAAGCUGGUCCUCCGACGGCUGUUCUGUCGUCGCGAACACGGCGUCCGGCGUGACGUGCGCGUGUACGCAUCUGACCGACUUCGCCGCCUCGACGAUCGCGGCCGACGCGGACGUCGUCGUAGGCUUUCCGCCCUCGCCGGCGCCGUCUACGGCGCCGACUCCCGGACCGACUCCGAAGCCGACGCCUCGGCCUACGACGUCGGCGCCGUCGCCGGCGCCCACGACGGCGCAGCCGACCACGCCGGGGCCGUCGCCGUCGCCGACGCACCGGCCGACGCCGGCCCCCACGCCGGCGCCGACGCCCCUACCCGGCAAUCCCACGGCGGCGCCGGUCUUUGCUCCGACGCCGCGGCCCACGCCAACGCCCACGCCGCGACCGACGCGAGCGCCGUCUCCCAUUCCCACGCCAAUGCCGACGACCGAGCCGCCGUCGCCGUCGCCGACGCACCGGCCGACGCGCAUCCCCACCCCCGCGCCGUCGCAAGCUCAGACGCUGGUCCAGGUCGCUUCGUCGGUGACGCUCGAGGGCGUCAACCCCGUCCUGUUUAACGCCGACAAGACCGGCAGGCAGGCGGCGUUCGCGCAGUCGAUCAUGGACAGCACCGGCGGUCUCUUCGAAGAGAUCAUAGACAUUGUGGCCGCGGGGCGGCGGCGCCUCGACGACGGCGGCGCGGGCGUCGCGAUCUCGUACACGGGCAUCGCCCGCAUCGACGGCACGGAUAACGGCGAACAAGUCUCGGCGGAAAGGCUGGAGCAGUCCAUGGACGCUCUGACGCUGGCGAUUGACGACGGGAGCUUCUUGACCACGCUGCAGGCCGCGGAUUCCGCGUUCGCCGCCGUGACCGUGGACGUGACGGCGACGUACGCGGCGAUUGCGGCGGCCACGGUCGUCUUCGUCGUCACCACGCCGGCGCCGUCCCCGCGGCCGACGUCCAGGCCCUCGCCGGCGCCGUCCCCGCGGCCGACGACAAAACCGUCCCCGCGGCCGACGGCCACAACUUCGAGCGGGGCACCUGGCGGCGCUGUCGGCGACGACGACGGCACCGCCGACGACGCCGCCCCCGCCCCCGCCCCCGCCCCCGCCUCUGGCGGCGGCGGCUCCGACUCGGGCGGUGGCACUCUUAUCAUCAUCAUUGUGGUGUUGGUAGUUGUUAUUUUGAUGCUCCUGUCAGGCAUCGGCGGCUACCUCGUGA